AUGUCGUUUAAUCAACAACAACAACAUGAACAACAAUCACCACCUCCAAAUCAACAACAUGAAUCAUCAUCAUAUCUAUUUAAUAAUAUAAUCAAUAAUAAUAAUAACAAUACACUAUCAUCAUCAUUUAAUCUUCAACAUCAUAAUACUACUAUUAAUACCAUCAAUAAUAAUACAAUUAAUAAUAAUAAUAUAUAUUCAAAUAAUGUAUUAUCAGAAUUAAAUACACCUUCCUAUGCAAAUAUAAAUUUUUCAUCACCUAAUAUUAAAAAAGAAAUUCUAUUAAUGAUUGCAGGUUAUUUACAUUCAGAAGGUUAUAAUACAAGUGCAUUAACUUUAUUAGAAGAAUGUCAAGUCUCACAAAAAAAACAAGAUACUAACCAUUUAUUAAUUGAACAAUUAUGUUCUGAUAUGAGAGAUGGUAAUUGGAAUCAAGUUGAUAAUAUUUUACAAGAUUUAUUAAAUAAUUUAAAUAAUUUAAAUAAUUCUAAUCAAUUAAAUAAUAUAAAUAAUAAUAAUUCUAAUAAUUCUAAUAAUAAUAUAAUAAUUAAUUAUGAAACAUUAAAUAUACCUAAUAAUUUAUUAUAUACAUUUAAUGGACAUGAAGAAAAUGUAAAAUCAGUUGAAUUUAUUGGUAAACAAGGUUUAUAUUUAGCAAGUGCAUCAUCUGAUAAUACUAUUAAAAUAUGGGAUACUAUUAAUAGAAAUUUAUUAUUAAAUUUAAAUGGACAUGUUAAUAGAAUUUGGGAUUUAUCAUCAAAUCAAAAUGGUAAUUUAUUAGCUUCUGCUUCAUCUGAUGGUACUAUUAAAAUAUGGGAUGUUAAAAAUUUAAUUGAUAAUAUUAAUAAUAAUUAUAUUAAUAAUAAUAAUAUAAAUAAUAAUAAUAAUAUAUUAUCAAUUGAACAUUUUAAAAAGAAUAUAAAAUCAGAUUUAUAUUGUGUUGAAUUUUCAUCAACAUCUGAUAGUAUAGUAACAGGUGGAUAUGAUAAUAUAGUUAGUUUAUAUGAUAUCAAUAGAAAUCAAAUAAUUAAAAGAUUUGAAGGACAUACAUCAUCAGUAUGUUCAGUUGUGUUUUCAUCAACAUCUUCAUCUUCAUCAUCUUCAUCAUCAAACAUCAUGUAA